UUAACCAAGACAACUCGAUAACUACAUAUUUUUGUGCGAAGGUCCGUCACACCUCCCAGGGAAACCUUUGAGAGGCUCAAUUGCUGAAGGAGAAUGUCUGGAGAGGCAACUCAUCAUAUGACUGUGCAUGGAUCGCCGACAAAAUACGUUAAAUUGAAUGUCGGAGGGUCUCUCCAUUACACGACUAUCGGAACACUCACUAAGCAAGACAGCAUGUUGAGAGCCAUGUUUAGUGGUAGACUGGAAGUUUUGACAGAUACUGAAGGUAUGCUUUAUUUUAAGAUAUUAAUAUUUGGAAUAAAAACAGCUGUCAGCCAUAAUUUCAGUCUUGCUGCCAGAGAUAAACGAAGCUAAUGAACCAUUAUUUGCUAUUUGGACUGUACAAUAACACCGACAUUUGGUUGCGGCGUAGAAUUAAUGAUCGAGAAACGCAAUAAUUUCUGCAUUCGUACUCUCACACUAUAUACAUAGAGAUAAAUCACCAAAUAAGGUAAUUCAAAAAGAGAAUCUCACACUCUGCCCAUUAUUAUUUCAUUACUCUCUGUAUGAUUUCCCACUAAAAUGUCUCACGAAUGUAGCGUCCAUGUUUACAAUGCUUGCUUUAGGUGUGAAUGAAAUGUCUUUCAAACGGUUUGAUUUGGUUUUGUGUUGUUUGUCACAAAAAGACACCAUUUAUAUAAAUGCAUACAUACAUACAUUCAUAAAUAUCUGAUGUUCAAAAAUAGUACACUGUCUCAAGUUGCGUACAUUGCUGGAAAGGAAAGGAAAGUAGAAGGAAAAAAAAUUAAAUCAGAAAGAAUUAAAUAUAGAGGGGUAUUUGAGGGAAGUGCCUUGAACUUCACACCAAGGAAGUCCUCAAAAGUUGAUAGUUAUAUUCCAAGUUCUUGUUCAGAGGUAAGGGGAAAUUAUUCAAGUAGGAAAUACUCCAUUACUAAAAAAGCCUAUGGCUUACACUGAUACAGAAACACCAGGUUACUAAUUUAACAGUGUUGUCUUUUUCAGCAAGUGGUGUCUUUAAGCCCAUCAUAAUUUUAUCCACCAAUUUCAGUUGGUGAAUUUGGUUCAGGGAUUGGGGAAUCGAAAAGGGAAACAUACAUAUGUAAACUUAUAUACAAAAAGUUUAUAUUCUUGUUAAUUUCUAAUUAAGAAAGAUGAGAUUUUAAAGUAAUGUAGAUUUGAGGGAUUUGCUCACUUCUUUUCAGUCUCUCCUUUGGAAACCUUUUUUCCUUUCUGGUGAUUGAGGUAAAACAGUUUACCUUAAGAAACAAAACAUUUACCCUUCUUGUGAUUAGUUAAUUGUAAUGAAACAAACUAAGAUUUUUUUGUUUGAAACUUGGUUGGGCUCAAAAGCGUUCAAUGGCUUGGUGGAAGUUGCUUUGGACAAAAUGUUCAUAUGUGUAUUACUGAUGUUUUGUGGGGAUAUUAGUCCCAACAGGUUCUUAAAGUUCCUUUAUAUUUGUGGAGAAAACUGGGGCAACACCUGCUUGUGAUGGAAAUCUCAUAACUUUGGAAAUGCAAUCAUAUUUUUGAGAUGAUUGUUAUAUGGUAAAUGGAUAAUGCCAAAUGUAUUCUACUUUUCAUUGAUUAGGCUGGAUUCUUAUUGAUCGCUGUGGAAAACAUUUUUCUCUUAUCCUAAACUUCUUGCGCGAUGGAACUGUACCAUUACCACAAAAUGAAGUAGAGUUGCAAGAAAUCUUGAUUGAGGCCAAGUAUUACUUGAUUGAGCAACUAGUUGAACAGUGUGAAAAAGCACUUGAAAAGAAAAAGGAAGAACAUGACCCUAUCUGCCGUGUUCCACUCAUAACUUCAUCCAAAGAGGAAAGACAACUUGUCACUGGUAAAAAGGUCUGUAAAAAGUUUAGUCUUGGUAUUUAACCCUGCCACCCUUAACCCUUCAACUCUCAGAAGUGAUCAAUAUGAAACAUCUCCCAAUAAUAUCCUUACAUUAUCCUGCAAACAGUUAGUGAGAAUAUUCAAACUCAUCAGGUGGAAGUUGUUGUCUUGAUCUAACACCAAAUUCUCAUAACUGAUUUACAAGGAUAUGUGUAGCAGCUAGAGGGGGGAAUUACCAAUCUGAUCUUGAGAAUGAAAGGGUUAAGAGUGAUCAGUGUCUUAUUUGUCCUUACAAUUUCACCCAUGAAUCACACAGUAAGGCCACAAGAAUAAAUGGAUAACCAACCAAAGAAAGUCUUGUUUGAUAAACAAGUUUACCCCUGUUAGCACUUAAGGAAAUGUAUGAAGAACAGUAUGGGGAAUAAGCAUGCUGCUGUUGGGGCGUAAAAGGUUCAUUGCAGUCCACUUGUGGGAUCAUUUCAACACAUGUUAUCAUCUUUAGGUAAAAAAUAUUAAUGAGGUAAUUGAAUUGUUAAAUUGAACAGGCUUUUACAUCUUGUGACAACAAAGAGCAUCUUGAAGUGAAAAAUUUGACCAGAUGUAUUUGUUGUUACUUGGCAUUCUCAGCUAAAAAUCAUCACAAUGUGUUGGUUGAUAUAGGAACUGAAACAUGUGAAGGUAGUGUUAAUUUUAUCCCUUUCUCUACAGCCUGUGGUGAAGCUGUCAUAUAACAGAUCAAAUAACAAAUAUUCGUAUACUGGGUAAGUUUCAAACUUGUCAUUACCAGUGGCAAUGGAAAAGUUCUUACAGUGUAGAUCUUCAGAGAAAUUCUUAUCUGUGUACUUUAGGGUUGUACAUCUAGGUGACCUUACUUGCUUUUUAAAUGAGAAACAUUUUUCUAACAGCUCAGUUUUUCCCUUAGUAUUUACCCUCAUUAAAAAAACAUGAGAAGCUAAACGUUCCCUCCCCCCCCCACUUUGUUUAUUACGCAAAUCCCCUGUUUAUUAGUGUCGCGUGAUGUAGCGUAUCUCGACUGAAAAGGAAACUAGCAAAUGAUGGCAUCUCUUGUUUUUAUUUUUCUUUUGUUUUAUUGUGGUCAUAAACAGUCAAUCAGAUGAUAACUUGCUGAAAAAUAUUGAACUCUUCGACAAGCUGUCGCUUCGAUUCAAUGGACGAAUUCUAUUUAUCAAGGACUUGAUCGGAAACAGCGAAAUCUGCUGUUGGACAUUCUACGGAAACGGGAAAAAGCUUGCUGAGGUGUGCUGCACGUCAAUUGUCUAUGCCACAGAAAAACCGCAGACAAAAGUCGAGUUUCCGGACUCAAGAAUUUACGAGGAGUCCCUGAACGUUCUUUUGUACGAGCAUAGAGGAAAUGGAAACUUUCCCGAUGCUGAACUACUCAGUGCAACUCGUAGAGCCGUCGGACCACGAGUUAUUCCGGAAAAUGACGACGAUUCGUCAAGAAAACAAGACAAAAACCGUUAAAUAAAGAAGCUAGUCGACUAUUCUGCAGUUUUCAACUGCAGAAACUUGAUUUUUUACUACGCUGGUCUGCAUGUUUAUCAGAAUCCGUAAUUUUAAACGUGCCAACGUUUAGCAACGCGAAUUCAACAUGUGCCUUUAUUGGAUUUUUCCGUUUCUUUUGGUAAACAAACAUUGAAGAAUUAGUCUCUUACAAAACACACAUGUUUUGGUUAUAUCAGAUGGAUAACAGACGCAUUGCUUUCUCAGGAAAGCGUAUAAUCAAUGCCUUUAGAUUAGUAAAUAGUGCGAUGUUCUUGUGUAUCUGUUUGUUAUAUUGUCUCUUAUUGUCUAGUUGUUAAGGAAACCACAGAGGGGCUAGACUACCUGGGAUUAAAAGGCUUCCCAUGCCUUACGAAAUACCAUGCAUUUCAACCCAGGUUCUUAGUCAACAAUCUUUUCGUUUCUAUUUUGACGAACUGGAACAAAAUUCGCGGAAGUUAAGAAUUGGAUAUAGUUGCAGUCUGUAGGCCCCCUCCAGGUUUCUAAGUAUUUAUAUCCUGCUUUAAUCCAAAUGGUAAGAGAUAUAUUUCAGGAAAAGGUCGAGAAAAACCUUACUCCCCGUGGUAUGUAAUCGUAAUAGGAAAGUGGCUGAUUUUUAACCGCCAAUUGAGAUUAGAACGAUUACAACAAUUCAGGUUUACAUAUAUCAGUCUAUAAGCGGGAUGGAAAUGAAACACAAGUUUAAACCAGUUUGUCGACUAUUGUUGGAGUAGAUAUGCCAUUAUUAACAAUAUGAGUGCGGUAUCAGGACUGAUUGGUUUAACUCGUGAAGUUUUGCUUAAAUCAAGCCGAGGAAAUUUGUGUUUGAAUUAAAAUUAGAGGAAGAGUCAAAGCCACUCGUCACAGCCCUGGUCUUAUCCCGGGGUGGGUUGUAUGGUUUUGGUGGGACAUAUGAUUGGUUGGGUUAGUAUCAUUUGACGGCUUUGUUCUUUGCAGGAAGAGUUGGGUUAAAAACUAUUUGUAGACUAAAUAACAGUGUAAACUUAGCCGGGACUUCUGAGAAGCAUAAGGUGGCUGUAAAUACUUUUCAUUGAGGACUGUUUUCUUGUGCAUGCAAGUACGUUUCCUUUGCUGGCUGCGUAUGUGGAUAUCGAGAGUUAAAUCGGUCG